AUGAUGCAAUUUGCUAUGCUUUAUUUUCGGCGGCCAAAAGGUGUUUCAGCUACCAUCAAUGCAGGAAAUUAUAGUUUGGAUAACACACAUAAAAAAAAAAAGGAUUGGACUUGGAAAGAAAUUGCAGAAAAAGUAAAAUUCACAAACAAACCAAUAACACAUUCCUUACUGCGUUUGGAUAACAACGAAGCGGAUAAAUUAGCCCAAGAUGCAUUUAUGUGUAUUAUGCGUUAUAUGGGUGACGAAAAUUUGAAGCGUGGUCAAACAUUAACUGACUGUGUUUAUGAACUUUUAAUGAUUUGCCACCGAUAUCAGCCACUUCGAGAUGAAGUAUAUUGUCAGAUUAUCCGUCAAACUACCAACAACAAAAGUUCAAAAGCCAGCAGUUCCAUACGUGGAUGGCGUCUAUUUUCAAUCCUAACUUCAUAUUUUGAUUGCUCAUUGGUGUUUAGGCCAUAUCUGUUUAAAUACCUAUGUGAUAUGGCUAGUGAUCCAAGACGAGCUUUUCACGGAACAGCGCUUAUUUGCUUACAAAAUUUGGCAAAAACCUUUAAAUACGGUGGCCGUCAAUUUCUUCUUAGUGGAAGAGAAAUUGAAGCAAUUACGAUGGGCAAAACCCUAAAGCGCCAAUUAUACCAUCUGCCCGGUGGUCAUCGGCAAGUAAUUAAUACAAGAUCUGUAACGGUUGUUGAAGAAAUUAUACAGCAGCUUUGUCAGGAGCUCAAUAUCCGAAGUCCGGCUGAACAACAAGAAUUCUGUCUAUGUUAUAUUUUAGAAUCAGAAGGAAAAAUUAAAAUGCUUGCUAAUGAUGAAUAUAUCAUGGAUAUAUGUACCAAGUUAGAACAUGAUCAGAAGCAAUAUUUUUUGUUACUGAAACGUACUGUAUGGAUUCAUCCAUUACGUCUUGACAAUGCUCGUUAUAUCGACGUGAUGUUUUUCCAGGAUGAUAUCGCUCGUCUGGGAGCCUUUUUAUAUUUAGCGGAUAAAGAGCGACCUGCCCGUAUCACAGCGAAGAAUGUAUCUGCAAUGAUCCCAAAAACAGUUUAUCCCAUUCGAACAGCAGAUCAGUGGAUUCAAAGGAUUAAUACGAAAUUGCAGUUAAUGCAACACCAAAAUCUGAAUCAAACUGAAGCAAAAGCACAUUUCCUCGAAGUACUCGAAAAGUGGCCCUAUUUUGGUACAACAUUCUUUUUGGUGCAAAAUAUUAUUGAUGGUGAUGAGGAAACAGGGCAGUGCUUACUUGCUAUUAAUAAACAUGGCAUUAAAGCUAUUAAUAUCAAAGACAGAGGAGAAAUUAUGAAAAUUGAAUUAGCAGAGAUUAUGUCAACGAAUGGUUACUCUAACCAACAAAACGUUUUCUUGGAUAUUAAAGUUGGCAAUCAGCAUAAGCACAAAAAUAUAUCUGUGAAAACUGAACAGGGUAUUGAAAUUUCACGUCUUUUGGGCCAGUAUAUUUACGUAGAUAGUGAAAAUCGUUCAUUUAUUACCGGAAUCGAACAGCAAGAAUUGCGACUUUAA